CGCGAUGAUGGCAAUGGCGGUCUACAGUGUACAAGUCACCUUCGCAUCCGCCGACCAAGGCCGGGCCUGGAACUUUCAGAUCUCUGGUGUCUACCAGCAGGUCAUGCUUGCGAGAGGGAUGGUAAUGAAGGAGUGCCCCGUACAAAAUCGCGCCGUAAUUAAGGUCGCCCGCUUCGACAUCCUAGACUCGCCAUCUUCCAAGCCUAGUCUGAAGCUGGAAGUCCGACGGCGUCUCGACGAUAUUGCGUCGCAGACGUUUGCUCACAUUGCCGUCGUUAAUAGUACGGUCGCCUUGUCGACCCGUUCACUGCCGGACGGCGUUAGCAGCACGGCUGGAUGGUCUGGACUGGAGACGGAGAGGGUGUGCGAGCUUGUGAUCACUGGCCAUGGUGAUUCUGUGGAACUUGCCCGUGUUCGUCUGUUGGUUAUGCUCGAUGAGUUGAGCGGCCUUCACGCGGACUCAUGCGAGAUUGACCAAAAAUUGCAUGCUAUCGUCGCUGGAAGGAAGCGCAACGUGCUCCAGUCUAUUAUGGAGGAGACGGCGACGAAUAUUUACAUGCCAUCUCCUCUCCAAGGGCUAGUGGGUCCCGAAUUCGGGCAGGUUUCUGGCACAAGCACCGCUGGCACACCGAAUAAGCUCAACCCGAACGUCAUCUGGAUCACAGGUGAAUUUUUCGGCGUGCAGCGGGCUCGCGACAUGCUCUUCCAGGUUUCUAUGAGCAAGAGCAAGCAAGUUAUCUCCAGAGAUACUGCUAUCUUGCCUCGCAAGCUCGACUGGAUGGUCACGGAACGCGCUGAAGAUCUCAAAGCGCUGAUGCACGACAACGCAGCUUUCAUUCAGUUUCCUCCCAUCGGUAGCUCCACGAGCUUGAUCACCAUCUUUGGCGAUCAUCGUGUCAAUAUUCACCGGACUAUCCGCGCAAUUAUGCAAUUGGCUUGCCAGUCCUACGUCGCGUCUCUGUGGCUGCUGCCGGCUCAGUUCAAUGUUCUCCUUCCUUCAACGACACUCAAUCCCACCCAAGUUUCCACUAUCCUCAAGCAAGUCUCCUACACGAGCGGUGCGGAAGUCGUCUUCAAGGGUAUGAGCUUCGAGAUGCACGGCCUGGAGCACGAGGUCCGUACCGCCGUCUCCAUGCUCCUGGAGCUCGACAUUGUCAAGAGUUUCCAUCAUGAGAUACGCUUCCAGAUCGAGCUCGCUAACGAGCAUCGCGAGUUCAUCUCGGGCAAGAAGAACGGGAAGAUCAACAAGAUUAUGCAGACAACGAACGUUAAAAUCAAGUUUGAGACGUUCAAUGAGCACAACUUCCUCAUCGACAUCGCGGGCAACGAUGCGUCAGUUCUUCAAGGCCUCACGCUUCUCCAGGAGGAGCUCCCAGCGGAAAUCUCGUUCCAUGUCCCCGAGUCAUAUCACAAGCGCAUCAUCGGCGUCGGCGGUCGUAGCAUACAGCGCAUCAUGAAAAAAUACGGCGUUUACGUGAAAUUCUCCAAUGCCGAGGAGUUCGCAGCUAUGGGCGGCUACAACGACAACGAGGACAAUGUCAUCGCUAGAACCCCCGCGAAAAAUGCCAUGAACCUGGAUAAUUUAAAGCAGUCCGUAAUGGAGUUAGUAAACCCGAAAGAUAAGGACUACAUUAAUGAGACUGUCUCUAUCCCGCGCAAGUACCAUCGCACCCUUCUCGGCGAGAAGAGCAUUUUCAUUCGCGACAUCGAGGCGAAGACCAACUCCAAGGUUCGCUUCCCCGACAAGGAGACCGCCUCCGACCUUGUUUCCAUAUUCGGUCCAGAGAGUCAAGUCCAGAUAGCCGCGACUAUGCUGCUCGAUCAUGUUCCUUUUGAGGCGGAAAUGGCUGUUCCACCGAAUCCUGAACUCGCUAGGAUCGUCACGACACCUGAGUUUGCGUCCUUCACAGAGAAGAUUAAGCGUGACUUCCAAGUCGUCAUCUCUCCUAACAUCAAGACCGCAUCUCCCAGCCCUGGUCACUCGCCGGAGCCGCCGAUGGAGUGUUCAUUCAAGUUCAGAUGUCAGCGAAGUAACAGCGACUUCCUCGUCACUGCGCGCGAGGUCUUGGAGCAAUUCUUAGUGACCCGCAGCAUUCCUGUGUACCCGUCCAUGACGCCGCGUACCCACAAACGCAGCGACUCGUUCGCGGAUGCCUUCCCACACUUCGACAGCAAAGUUCUCCCGACUGCGCGGACGCGUCAUCAGAAUUCUGCUGACCUUGGUCGUCCGUCUGAGUCAAUGAUUGACCGCCGCUUACGGUUGGCUAGUUCCUCUCCAGACGUCAAGGCCCUCUUCAAUGGUUCACCCUCUUACAUCUACCAUGUAGAGGAGGAGGACGAUUACGAUCAGCCGAAUUACGCUCCAGGACCUGUCAACGACUACUGGCCGAUCUCAAAUCCUAUGGGAUCUGGUUUGUCCAACCGGGCGCGCCAUGCGGAGGAUGCGCUCAAGCGCGGUUCUGACUCACUCCUCGAGGCCAAGCUCAAGGACCACUAUUCGAAGCCGCGCUCUCUUACCAAUCGGGCCCAGUCUCUCGAUCUCACCAUGUCACUCACCCGAAUCAGCGAGGCGUCGUCACGGCUCUCUCGCCCGGAGUCUCCUGAAAAUUCUAUUUUGGAGACUGGAGGUUCGAGCCCAACGUCGGUGACGGCACCGUCGUUCCCAAGCGUGUACGCCUCUCCCGUGGGGUCGCGGUCGCAACCUGCCUCUGCCCAUAGCACCAUCGGGCGGUCAGGCCUCAUAGCUGACGACGAAGCCGUCGAAGAAGUCUCGCGUGUCAUCUCUAACCUCGGCCUGUGAACUCUGUCGCAGGACUUGAAGACCGACAGGCGACGCAAGGCCAAAUCCUUCUUGAAUAAUAGUCAAUCGCCCUAAUGGGCGUCACCGGUUUUCUGUGUUGUUUGUUCUUCUACGUUCGCUGUAAAGCCUAUUUGUGGGACCGUGUAAUGGUGUAUCCACUAACGCUCUCCUUUGCUCACUUCCGUAUUCUUUCUAGCAUAGCAAUUUUCCAGACACCCCGCAGUCAUUCUAUCGCAUAGCUCCGCUCGUCUCUUCACGCUGCUCGAACAACGCAAGCUAUUCUAGACCACUCCUGUACCAUAUCAGUCUACCUAGAGUCGAGUCAAAAUUCAUUUCCCCUU